GGAGGGAACCUCCAGCUCCUCUCGGACCGCCUUGACUUCACAAACGCGUCAGAAACGCGGCGGAGCGGCUGCGGGAAGCACCGUCCGACACUCACGCCUCCUCUCUCGAGCCUGGUCUCCACGGCAACGGGCCAGUGAGUCCUGCGGGCCGGCAUCGUUGUUCCAGAACCGGCUGUAAUCCUCGCUUCCUUUGUUCCGGCGGCGGCCUGCGGGGGCCAUGAUGGGGGGGCGGCGGCAGAAUCAGCCGACGGCGGCAGAAUGAGCGGGCCGGGCUGCCCGCGGGCCGGGUCUUCACCCCACGACGAGCCGGACCUCCAGAGGUCUCAGAGGUCGGCCCGGUGAUGAGCUGAAGGAUCGCCAGGCGCUCGUUUCCUCUCCUGCCGGUUGAUACUUCCUGUUUCCUGUCUGGGGGGGACGUUCCUCCCCCACGCCUGCCAGAAGUGCCUUCCUGUCCCUGAACUGAUCCGUUUUGCCUCACGUCCUCACCUGGACCCUUCAGAACCGCUCCGUUCGUCCAGCCAUCGCCAUGGUUACCCUGCAGUCCAAGUGGCGCUUCCUGUUCAUGUUCCUGGGCAUCCAGCUGGUCGUCAUGGCGCUGCUGUCCCGGGAGGGCUACCACAAGCGGGUCAGCUACUUCAUCCGGAUCUUCCGUAAGGGUGAGGUGGCCGGCCUGGUCCGGAACCGCACCGGCGCCGCGCUGGGUGGCGGGGACGUCUACGCCAACCUGUCCCACCUGUCCCGGGGACACGGCCACGCCGACGACAUGCCUUACUGCCCCAAGACGUCCCCGCUCAUCGGCGGGCCGAUCCACGUCAGCUUCCCGUCCGGCCUGACCCUGGCCCAGGUCGAGAGGAAGAACCCCCUGGUGGUGAGUGGGGGGCGGUACCGGCCGCCGGACUGCGAGGCCCGCCACCGGACCGCCAUCAUCAUCCCGCACCGCCACCGCGAGCAUCACCUCAAGUUCCUGCUCUACUACCUGCACCCGUUCCUGCAGCGGCAGCAGCUCAGCUACGGCAUCUACGUCAUCCACCAGGUGGGGAAUUACACCUUCAACCGGGCCAAGCUGAUGAACGUUGGCUUCCGAGAGGCGAUGAGGGAGGAAGACUGGGACUGCCUCUUCUUCCACGACGUCGACCUCAUCCCCGAGGACGACCGCAACCUCUACGUCUGCGACGCCAACCCCAAGCACGCCGCCAUCGCCAUGGACAAGUUUGGCUACAAGCUUCCGUACAAAAUGUACUUUGGAGGCGUGUCGGCGCUGUCGCCGCUGCACUACCUGAAGAUGAACGGGUUCCCCAACAACUACUGGGGCUGGGGCGGCGAGGACGACGACAUCGGCGUCAGGGUGUCUCUGGCGGGGAUGUUCAUCAGCCGUCCGUCUCUGAAAGUCGGCCGCUACAAAAUGAUCAAACACAAGCUGGACAAAGGCAACGACGUGAAUCCCAAGAGGUUCAACAUGUUGGCGAAGACGCGUCAGACCUGGAAGAUGGACGGCAUGAACACGGUGGAGUACGAGGUCGUCUCCAGGGACUACCUGCCUCUCUACACCAACAUCACCGUCAACAUCGGGACGGAGUCUGGCCUGCGCCCGCCUGCGCCAAGACCCGCAGCGGAGAAAGCUGCUGCAGCACAGAAUCCUGCAGCAGAAAAAGCUGCAGCACAGAAGCUUGCAGCCAAUUCUUCAAACAAACUCCAGGAGAAACUUGCUGUGAAAUAAUCCUGUUGGUGUGAUUUGUGGUAGGAUGAAGCGAUAGCUCCCCCUUGUGGCUCCUGCGGUCGUCCGGAGCUGCGGAGAGGAGGAACCUGGUUGGACUCUGUGAGUUUGUGUGUCAGGCGCUGUCGCCGCUGUAUAAACCAUGAGGCCUUAGAAUCGCGUCUUUUCUCUUCAUGUAGACCUUAGAGCGUAGAGGGAGUUCAGAGGAGGAAGCUGCUGGAGCGUUUUCUGCUUAGAAAACGCAGAUUCACGUCGGAUCUGUGAAAGCUGAUCGGGCCUGGGUCAGUUUCAGAUUCACUGCUUCAGUUUCUCUUUUUCCUCGUUUCCUGUGGAUGAUAAAUGAAUUCCUGCAUUUUCUUCACUCCGACGGCUGAUUGUGUGAAAACAUUUCUCUAAUCCUCUGAGUUUGGCAGAAGAAACCAAAGAAGUUUUCAUUCUUCAUAUCACUUGAUGUUAGUUUGCUUGAAGCUCCAGGUCCCAGACGCCUGGCUUGUCACGUAGAUGGGAAAUGGCCUUAGACACUCCAGCCUGGUUCUGAUCCAUAAACGGCAGUUUGGGUCGGACAGACUGAGACUUUUACUCCUUGAGAAGAGUAAGUGAACGGGACAGGUAUCAUUGGGUUCAGUGUCAGUUAAUUUCUGUUCUCCUUUCCAACUUCUGCACAGUCCACAGUGGCCUUAUAAUCAUAAAUAAACGGAUUCAAAAUGAAAA